ACAAACAAACAAAAAGCAGAGCCGUUUCUUGCGUUGCAAUCCGCUUCAAUUUCCAGAGAGGGAGAGAGAGAGAGAGAGAGAGAGAGAUGGCAGAGGAGGGACAAGUUAUCAGUUGCCACACUCUGGAUGCAUGGAACCAACAGCUCCAGAAGGGCAUGGAAACCAAGAAACUGAUGGUUGUAGAUUUCACUGCUUCCUGGUGUGGACCGUGCCGUCUAAUUGCACCAUUCCUAGCUGAGUUGGCCAAGAAAAUACCCAGUGUUACCUUCCUCAAGGUGGAUGUGGAUGAACUGGAGUCGGUUGCUAGAGAUUGGGCUGUGGAGGCGAUGCCGACUUUCAUGUUUCUGAAAGAGGGCAAGAUUGUCGAUAAGAUUGUUGGGUCGAAGAAGGAAGAGUUGCAGGCUACAAUUGCCAAGCACAUAAAUACCGCUUAAUCGCAGUUAAUUUCUGAGUAAGAGGCGUGACCUUGUUAUGUGACAUUUGGUGUUUGUCUUCGUUUUCCCAUCCAAAACAGACCACUACUGGCUGUUGCAAGUUGUUAUUCCAUUUUACCAAAGAUGCACGAGCAUUUGGUAAUUUCCUCUUAUUUGUCACUUCUACUUCUCACUUUGUCUUCUAUAUUUGUGCCGUUACUAGUUUUCCAAUAUAAAUAUGAAUUUCUAUUGAUAGAAUAGUAUUUGUUAA